CAACUCACUCAAAUUACUCCCUAACCCAUUGACUCCCCACUUUGCUUCGUACCUCGUAGCAGCCGCAUCGCAUGGCUUCGUGAACAAAGUUUUCAAAAGGGAACGAGUUGGAGAGCCGACAGUUAGAUGCCUUUCUGUAGUCAUCUCCGUUACCGGCGGGCAUCGAGUUCUCAGUGCCUGUGCUGUGUCUCUCUCUGUGUGUCUACCUCGACCCUUCUUCCUAUUCAUCUGGCUGCAUCGUCAAGCCCUCAGAAGAAAACGAGUCAAGCAACGUUGUUGCACAGGGAGCGGUGUGCAUUUAUUAUGAGGUCAACCCAGUCACGAGUCGUUCGUACUAGCAUUGCGGGUUGGCUGGUUCGGGGGAGAGGAGGUGGUGCGGCUGUCCACUGCAGAUGGGGAUUCCCGCCUAUCCCGUCUGGGUCGUCUCGCGCUCCCCGCUCCACCAUUCUGGGUCGUUGUGGUUGCGGUUGCGGUUGCAUGCAGCACUAUUGGUGUAGCUUUUAGCAACCUCCUCUCUAUCCUCUGUGCGAAGAAAGCGUAUGGCGU